AAUCACCGCAAGAAACCAGGCUGGUUUGCGCCCAGAAUCGGACCGACUUUUGGGACCCCGCCUCUUCCAGCCGGGAUUACCUGGCGUGCUUCGGAAUUUGGCGUCAUUCCGAAAACAUACCGCAAGCCAAUCAGCGGCAAGCUUGCUCUUCGGGCCGGCUGUUCGUUGGUUGAUGCGCCAGAGCCUGUUCUGUUGUCUGUAUUGGCUAUUGCCGCUGUCAGUCAGGGCUGUGGGUCGAACUUUCACCUACUCUUUGUCUGUAAAAGCUCUUGUUGUCUGGGAGAGCGGCGGAGGCGCUGCUGUGGAUUGGUCACAGGGAGAAACCUCUGAUCUGUUCCUGUUGGCUCGUCCGUCUAGGGACGGUGAUGAUUGGUAGGGCAGAGCAAUCUGAGUCCUAGUUGGUGGAGUUCUCCCCGAUGGAAGCUCCGGCCGCGUAGUGAUGGUGGCCUCAGCGAAGAUGGGCCGGGGAGGGACCAUGGCGGUGGCAGCAGAGGUGGCAGGGGCGGGGCGGCUGGCGGUAGAGGAGGCUGUGGUCCUCAGGGGGCUGUAGGUGGAGGUAUGGCUCGGGCCAGCAGCGGGAACGGCAGCGAGGAGGCCUGGGGGGCACUUCGGGCGCCGCAACAGCAGCUUCGAGAGCUGUGCCCAGGAGUGAACAACCAGCCCUACCUCUGUGAGAGUGGUCACUGCUGCGGGGAGACUGGCUGCUGCACCUACUACUAUGAGCUCUGGUGGUUCUGGCUGCUCUGGACUGUCCUCAUCCUCUUUAGCUGCUGUUGCGCCUUCCGCCACCGACGAGCUAAACUCCGGCUGCAACAACAGCAGCGGCAGCGUGAAAUCAACUUGUUGGCCUAUCAUGGGGCAUGCCAUGGGGCUGGUCCUUUCCCUACCGGUUCACUGCUUGACCUUCGCCUCCUCAGCACCUUCAAGCCCCCAGCCUACGAGGAUGUGGUUCACCGCCCAGGCACACCACCCCCUCCUUAUACUGUGGCCCCGGGCCACCCCUUGACUGCUUCCAGUGAACAAACCUGCUGUUCCUCCUCAUCCAGCUGCCCUGCCCACUUUGAAGGAACAAAUGUGGAAGGUGUUUCCUCCCACCAGAGUGCCCCCCCUGAUCAGGAGGGUGAGCCUGGGGCAGGGGUGAGCCCUGCCCCCACACCCCCCUCCUGCCGCUAUCGCCGUUUAACUGGUGACUCCAGUAUUGAGCUCUGCCCUUGUCCUGCCUCCGGUGAGGGUAAGCCAGUCAAGGAGGUGAGGGUUAGUGCCACCCUGCCAGAUCUGGAGGACUACUCCCUUUGUGCACUGCCCCCAGAUUCUGUACCGCAGGUCUCUCCCAUGGGGCUGUCUUCCAGUGAAGGUGACAUCCCAUAAGUAGUUUUGAGAGGGUGGAUGGGUUACUUGUCUACCAGAAACAGCCCUAGUCCAAACUCCUUGCAUUCCUUUUGGCCCCUCCCUGCCUACCUAGAAUCUGCCUGAAAGGGCUGGAGCCCUGAGGAGAGGGGCAAGUAUUGGGGGAUUGUGCUAGCUUUACCCCCGCAAGACAUACACAGGAGCCUUUGAUCUCAUUAAAGAGAUGUGAACCAGCUA